AUGACGAACCGCCUCGCGCCACCACUUCUGUUGCCUCGUAGGACCGCGACGGUCUCCUUCGAGACGCACGGGGCCGGAAGUCGCCAACCAUCUCGACUGUCGCACCUUGACCUGACAGUUCCGGUACGCCAGACUGGGUCGCGACUAAGUCAGAUCCAAGGGAGGACGUCUCGAUUGGAUGACGACCACUUCUUUGACAGCAGUGAUGAUGAAAGCAGUUCGCCCUCUCGGCGCCCCGCCCCGUUGAGAGGGUCCAGUCCACGAGAGAACGCCGGAGUGAAAACAUACAAGAAGAUCUGCAAGAAGUACAAGCUGAUACCAAUACAGAAGCUGGCGAGACAGCUAGGAAAAGGGACCAUCACGGCCAGCAACUUGAACAUGAGUCCGAAGGAGAUAAAGGCAUUCUUUGUCGCGCUCGUGGAAUACUAUAUCAACGACAGUAACCAUAAACAGCAGGGGGAGAGUGACGCCCUGACGACGCUCGUGCUCGAUGGCAACAACAUGGCGACCACACAAAUCAUGUUUGUGGCUGACUUCGGGCAAACUCACUCGUUUCUGACAGACCUGUCUCUCGGUGGAUGCGGACUGUGUUCUCACGCUCUGACGGCUCUUACACGGUUCAUCACCAAAGUACAAACCAUACAUAGACUAGACAUAAGCAAUAAUAACAUAGGUGACGUUGGUCAUGAAGCCAUUGCAGAUCUUAUUCAGAACAGCAACAGUUUAGAAAUCCUCAUUCUUCGCGGGAACAAACUUAGCGAAUCUGGUGUGCAGUUGGGGAAAGCAAUAAGUGAAAACACGAUAAUGAAAUUUCUUGACCUCAGCUGGAACCAUAUUCGAGGAAAUGGAGCAAUCGGCAUUGCCAAAGGGUUGGCGAACAAUGUUAGGCUAGAGACGCUGGUGCUGAGCUGGAACGGGUUUGGUUACGAAGGGUGUGUAGCAAUGGGGAACGCCCUCGCAAAUAACACAACUCUAAAGUCGCUCGACCUGGCUAACAACCGAAUACAUCAACAAGCUCUCUUUGAACUGAUGAAGGGCCUAGAGAAGAACAAAACAUUAGUGGUACUUAAGCUUGGUGAAAACCCCAUAACUGCUGCCAUGACGAGCGUCUUGCUCGCCAAGAUCCUGAAGGCGAAAGAGAGCAACCUGAUGGAGCUUGACCUCCAGGGUCUAGUAGUAGACAAGGAGUUUGAAGGAAUUCUGAAGCAAAUACAGGACGAGCGACUGUUCUUCACGAACUACGAGAGAUCCCUGCCUCUCCACAAGGGUCCGGUCAGAGAGAUCGACCCCGAAAACGUGUUCAACGUGGAUCCCUUACGAAUCCUGAAGUACAUGAAGGAGCAUCUGAAAACUAUUCACCUCUUCCUGAAGGUGGGCAUCGAUGGAGAGCACAGGCUUAGCAAGGAGGAAAUGAAAUUCGCCUUUGAGCGAGACGGUUAUCCCAUAACUGACAGUGCUCUUGAGAAGGUUAUGAAAUACCUCACUGCGAACAAAGACAACCACGUAGAAUUAAUGGAAGUUAUUAAAGGCAAGCGACGGUUAAAACAAAGCCUUUUUAAUGAACAAGAAGAAGCCUUAUUAGGAGAACAAGAAAAAGACAAGAAAUCAUCUCAACCGCUUGCGGUCGCGGAUAGCAUUCCGCGAGAAGAGAAAAUACCGCGGAAAUUACCUCCUUUGAAUGGACCUAAGAUGAAAUGAAUUUGUCAAGUAAACCUUUAAUGUGGAAAUACCAGUUUAUUCAUGGCCCCCGAAUUUGCAUUCGCACAGUCUGGUCAGUGUCUACACUGACCGCUGAUGACAUCACUAAACAUGACGUGUUUAGAUAGCGAACAUUGUAGCUCCUGACCAAACUGCGCGAAGGCAGAACGCAUUUAUAGAUGACGCGGGUCUAAUUAUCUGCACUCAUACCGACGGGAUCAUCUCUCAUGAUAAUGAUUGAAUUGCUGUUACUACAGAAACAACCAAAUAGAAGAUUAUCAACUUUAAAUUCGCUGAAGUUGAUAUAAGUACAUAUCGAUUGUUAUGCUUAUCGUUGGAAAAACGUGUUUCGUUAUUAUGUGAAAUUGUUGAUUCUAAUACAGUUCGCGUUUUGUUUUACUUUAUUUGUUAUAUGGACAUGAGCAACUUCAACAACUCCUGCUUCCUAUCAACUUUAUUCUGUCAUAGACGUCCAGAAACGUUGUUUACAAUAAAAACAUCAACAAACAGUUUGCUUAAUUUCAUUUGUGUGCACAUGUUUUCUUCAAU